AAGAGGAAAGCUACUGACUUCCCUGGCUUCCCGAAGCCGCCCCAGGUCUCCAGGACCUCCGCUCCCUAAGAGCGAGGUGGACUAGUCUGGCCCCAGGGCUCGCCCGACCUGCCCCCGCCUCAGGCGCCAGGGGCCGCACCUUUUAGGCUCAGGGGGAGGGGCACAAAAGGCCGGCUCUUGGGGCCCGGGUCUUGAAGCUGACUGGGGAUGUGGGGGGGCAACUCUGUAAGCUGUAAGGUGGGGAAGGAGGCGGGGUUUAGUGGCAGUUGGUGUGGGGCAAGGGCUGGGAGGAGCCUUAUUUGGGCGGGGCUUAAGGUGGAAAUGGGAGGAGCUUAGUAGAAAGUCUGUUGGUAGAAAGGGGAGGAGCUUGGACAAGGGUGAGGCUUUAAAGGGGCGUGGCUCUAGUAGUGGAGGGCUCUAGAUUGAAGAGUGCAAGGAACCUCAUUAAGGCUUAGUGGGGAACUGGGGCUCAGGAAACAGGCUGGAGAAACUUAGAAGUUUGGGUGUGGCUUAGAGAAAGUGGGUGGGCAUAGUGAGGGCGUGGGGAUUAGUGUGUAAUUCUCUGGGCUUUAGUGAAACUAUCAGAUUUUUAUUAUGAAGGCUUGGAGGGCUGGGGAGGGACUUGGUAAAGAGCCAAGAAAGAUCUGAGAAGAUGACACCAGUCGAGUGGAGGGGGGUCUUGGAAAGGAUGGGGCUUUUUUCUAGGAACAAUUGAGUGGGGCUUGGAGGUGGGUCUUAGCGGAGCAGAGGGGGGCUUAGAGAAGUCAACUUGGAAAAUAUGGUGCGACUAAAAGACGAAACCAGGAAGAACUUAAAGGAUAGUAGUGGUCAGAACAGCCUCCCUGUGGAGGCUUUGUUGUGCACUGGCUUAAGUAACCACAUAGCACACUCUGCCACCAUUUUGCUUAAACUUCACUACCACUCUAUGAGAAAGAACCCCCCUACUACAUUCCCUGCCACCAUGGAUGACGCCCUGCUGCCAGCUCCCACGGCCCCCGCCCCGACCCCAGCACCAGCACCGCCCGCAGCCACUGCCCCCCGAGUCCCAUUUCACUGCAGUGAGUGUGGCAAGAGCUUCCGCUACCGCUCAGACCUGCGGCGUCACUUCGCCAGGCACACGGCGCUCAAACCCCACGCGUGUCCACGCUGCGGCAAGGGCUUCAAGCAUAGCUUCAACCUGGCCAACCACCUGCGCUCCCACACAGGUGAGCGGCCCUACCGCUGCUCUGCCUGCCCCAAGGGGUUCCGCGACUCCACCGGCCUGCUGCACCACCAGGUCGUCCACACUGGUGAGAAGCCCUACUGCUGCCUGGUCUGUGAGCUCCGCUUCUCCUCGCGCUCCAGCCUUGGCCGACACCUCAAGCGCCAGCAUCGAGGGGUGCUCCCAUCUCCGCUGCAGCCUGGCCCGGGGCUGCCCGCCUUGAGCGCACCCUGCUCCGUCUGCUGCAAUGUGGGCCCCUGCUCGGUGUGCGGGGGUGCUGGGGCCAGCGGUGGAGAGGGUCCAGAGGGGGCGGGCACGGGCCCAGGCAGCUGGGGUCUGGCGGAGGCGGCAGCUGCAGCAGCGGCCUCUUUGCCUCCAUUUGCGUGCGGUGCCUGUGCACGGCGGUUCGACCAUGGCCGCGAGCUGGCAGCCCAUUGGGCUGCGCACACAGACGUGAAGCCCUUCAAGUGCCCACGCUGCGAGCGUGACUUCAACGCGCCCGCGCUGCUGGAGCGGCACAAGCUAACACAUGACCUGCAGGGUGCUGGCGUGCCCGCCUCGCAGGCCUGGGCCCCAGGGGCAGGCGCUGGGCAAGAGAAGAUCUGCGAGGCGGGUGCCGUGAAGGAGGCGGGCGACGCGCCACCAGCUUGGGACGGCGUGCUGCUCCUGGGCCCCGCGGGGGGCGGUGUGCCCGAACUGGGGGGGCUGCUCCCCGAGGGUGGCGGUGAGGCCCCUGCGCCAGCGGCAGCAGCCGAGCCGUCGGAAGACACCCUAUAUCAGUGCGACUGCGGGACCUUCUUCGCGUCGGCUGCGGCCCUGGCCAGCCACCUGGAGGCGCACUCGGGCCCGGCCACCUACGGCUGCGGGCACUGCGGGGCGCUGUACGGGGCUCUGGCCGCCCUGGAGGAGCAUCGACGGGUAAGCCACGGCGAGGGCGGCGGUGCGGAGGUGGCGGCAGCGGCCCCAGAACGCGAGCAGUUGUCCCGGGAGCCUGCUGCGGGCUCAGGCCGCGGCAAGAAGAUCUUCGGCUGCUCUGAAUGUGAGAAGCUGUUCCGCUCGCCACGUGACCUGGAGCGGCACGUGCUCGUGCACACGGGCGAGAAGCCGUUCCCGUGCCUGGAGUGCGGCAAGUUCUUCCGCCACGAGUGCUACCUCAAGCGCCACCGGCUGCUGCAUGGCACCGAGCGGCCCUUCCCCUGCCACAUUUGUGGCAAGGGCUUCAUCACCCUCAGCAACCUCUCCCGGCACCUGAAGCUGCACCGGGGCAUGGACUGACACCGCGGGGCUGUGUCCUGACCUCCACUCCAUGUCCGGACUCGGGACAUGGGCCAGGGGACCCCAGCCCUCCAAAUCCAGACACAGGCCCUGGAAGGAGAGGAUCCUGGCUGGAGAGAAGGAGGUCGCCAAAUAUCCACGCAGGCCCCUGAGCUGGGGGACCACAAGCAAAAGCAGAGACUCUUCAGCUGGGGGGUGGGGAAUCCAAGGAUAUAACGUUGGGGGCCCCAAAUCUAGGGAGAGACUUCUGGAGCCUGGGGCCCCUAGAAUAGCAGGGCAACCCUAAAUCAAUAGGUCCCUAAGACGCUGGGACCUAGGAAUGAGAAAUGUGUCUAAAUGUGUCUCCACAAGUACCUCUCAUCUUGAGGGCCCAAGUAAUAAAUGAUGAGCACCCCUCCCCAAAGGGAAGACUGCUCACUCCCGAGAGCCAUCAUUCCCAAUGACCUUGAUCUGGAGAAUGUGGAGGGACCAUGUUCCUGAAUUUUCCUAGGUUCUCUCCAAGUGUUACUCACCAGUCACUGGUGCCCCCCAGAAAAUGGAUAUAGCCAAUAUCUGCCUUUCCUCCAUUUCAUUCCCUAUGCUGAAAGAGGACCAGGGUAGAUACCCCAUAACUACCCCCCAAAUUAGGUCUCCCUCCCCACUGCAGAAUAGAUCGACCCUAACGAUCUUCCCCACCCUCAAACUCUAGAAUAGACUGGUCUGAAAUCCCCCUGCCCAGUAGGAUGGACUGAUCCACAUGCACACACCCCUGUCCACAUGGAAUGGGCUGGUCUAGGUGUGGACUGCACCCCACCCUCCUUAGAGUGAAUAGGGCAGACAAGCCUCCCUCUUCCCAUAGAGUGGACUGGUUCACAUCGUUCCUCAUCCCCUGAAUUCCUCUGAGUGGAAGGUGGGUGGUGGACACAGGGUUCUCUCCCCCUCUACUGUAGCACCUCUCAGUCUCUCCAUCUCUGUUGGUUUGUGUUCCAACCCCAAAGGGAAGGGGGGACUUGGCUAGGGGGUUCCCGGGAAGUGAGCUUUGGCCUCACCCCCUUCUUUCCCCAAUGUCUCCAGGUCCCAAAUAAACCUUA